AACGGAGCGGAAACGGUCCCACCGUAUUAUUGUUCCCCUGGACUCCGCAGCAGAUAAAGCAGUAUUAGUUCAGUUUAUAUUCAUCAGUUAUUCAUUUCUCACAGUCGUAAUAUAUUAUUAAUCAAAAAUCUAACAUGUAGCAGUAAAAUACAAUAUUUCGGACUAGUGCUGUCCGACUGUUUCCGACAUUAAUCUAAAACAAUGUUCGGGUUUAAAAAUGGAUUUAACGUUGUUAGCUAAUGUCAGUCUGAAUUGAGAGUGUUAGCUAGCUGUGUUUGUCCAAUUUAGAGGUAACAGGGUUAUUAAACUGCUACAUGUUUGUAAACCUGUAAACAUGAAAAUGUAUUUAUGUCGUACAUAAACGUCGCGUAGUUUGCAGUAAAUAUGGAUUCCGACAGGAGGAGAGAGAGCCGGAGCUGGGACUGGGACAGUCCGCAGUGUCGAGCCCAGCUGGACGAGAUCUUUUUCCGCAAGCAUGACUACAUCCAGGCCGGCAGCACGGAGCACAAGGAGUUCUGGGCUUUCUUUGACCGCUUCCAGAGGUUUAAAACAAAGAGAGACAUGUCUGGAACCAGCCGAAAGGAGGGCAGAGAAGAAGAGAGAGACCGGGGGAGGUCUGGGACUGGAAAGGUAGACCUUGGCCUCCCGAAGGAGUAUGAUGCUCGCUACCGGAUUAACGUGUCUGUGUGCACCAGGGAUGUGGAGGAGCGGCUGGGGAAGUCGGAGCACAGAAGCAGACAGAGGUCCUCAGGCCCGGGCAGCCAGGAGAUCUCGGACUGCCGCCUGGCUCUCCUGCACUUCCUGGACUUCAGUCAGAGACAGAGUUUUGGCAAACUGGCAAAGCUCCGCCGAGAGCAGAAGAACCUGCCCAUCUACCAGUACCGGGACCGGAUAGUGGAGCUGGUGCGACUUCACCCCGUGGUCGUGGUGGCAGGGGACACUGGCUGCGGGAAAUCCACCCAAGUACCUCAGUAUCUUCUCUCAGCUGGCUUCAACCACGUAGCCUGCACCCAGCCUCGACGUAUCGCCUGUAUAUCACUUGCAAAGAGGGUCAGCUUUGAGAGUCUCAAUCAGUUCGGCUCAAAGGUGGGGCACCAGAUACGCUUUGAGACCACCCGGACCACGGCCACCAAACUGCUGUUCCUGACUGAGGGGCUGCUGCUCCGACAGAUCCAGCAGGACCGGACACUGGCCCAGUACGAGGUGGUGAUUGUGGACGAGGUCCACGAGAGACACCUCCACUGUGACUUCCUUCUUGGCGUCCUGCGCUCCUUGGUGGCAGAACGCUCGGACCUGCGUCUCGUCCUCAUGUCCGCCACCAUCAAUAUCAAACUGUUCUCUGACUAUUUCAGCAGUGCUCCUGUGCUGCAGGUACCCGGCAGGCUGUUUCCCAUCCAGGUGAUAUACCAGCCCAUUCCACCUGAGGAGCAGGCUUCCCGUUCAGAGAAACUUGAUCCCAGACCAUACCUGCGCAUCCUACAGGGCAUCGAUCAGCGUUACCCUCCAGAGGAGCGUGGCGACCUGCUCCUCUUCCUCAGUGGCGUGGCGGAAAUCUCCACCAUCCAGGAGGCCUGUCAGAUUUAUGCCACACACACACGUCGCUGGAUAGUCUUACCCCUGCACAGCACCCUCUCACUGGCCCAGCAGGAUAAGGUGUUUGAUAUUGCUCCUCCUGGGGUGAGAAAAUGCAUCAUCUCAACCAAUAUCGCUGAGACCUCAGUUACUAUCGACGGGGUGCGCUUCGUUGCUGACUCAGGAAAGGUGAAGGAGAUGAGUUUUGAUCCUAAGGCCAAGAUGCAGCGUCUGCAGGAGUUCUGGAUCAGCCGAGCGAGCUCAGAGCAGAGGAAAGGUCGAGCUGGUCGUACAGGUCCGGGAGUUUGUUACCGCCUGUAUGCGGAGUCUGACUACGAUGCCUUCGCCCCUUAUCCUGUGCCCGAGAUCCACAGAGUGGCUUUGGACUCGCUCAUUCUUCAGAUGAAGAGCAUGUGUCUCGGAGAUCCACUUUCUUUUGUCUUCAUCGAUCCACCUCCAGCUUCGAGUAUUCAGACUGCAGUUACGUAUCUGAAAGAACAGGGAGCGCUAGACAGUCGCGGUGAAUUGACCUCUAUUGGUAGCUUACUGGCACAGCUGCCUGUGGAUGUGGUCAUAGGGAAGAUGCUGGUGCUGGGCUCUUUGUUUAGGCUGGAGGAGCCCAUGUUGACAAUAGCAGCAGCCCUCAGCGUCCAGUCACCUUUCCUCCGCAGCUCCCAGCACAACCCAGACUGCGCCACUGCCCGCCAGCCCCUGCACAGCAACCAGGGAGACCCCUUCACCCUGCUCAACACCUUCAAUGCCUGGAUGGAGAUGAAAGGAGAGAGAGGUGGUAGCUCAAGGAAGUGGUGCAGGAGGAGAGGCCUGGAGGAGCAGCGGCUGUAUGAGAUGGUCAACCUGCGUAGACAGUUUAAGGAGCUGCUGAGGAGCCACGGCCUGCUGGAAUCAGAAUAUAGCUCUUCCUCUGGUGGGGACCGUGGGCAGCGUAGGGAGAGGCUAACGGAGAGGAGGAAGCUGCAUCAGCUGAAGAGAGAUCAUGAGCAGCAGGAGAGCACCAGACGUAAAGUCCUGAAGCUGGAGGACGGAGAGUUCUCCUCAGGAUCAGGAUCAGACACAGAGGGAGCGGGGAAAGGCAAAAACUACAAAGAGAGAUCAGGACAGAACGUGGAUAUACAGGAAGUGAAGUUCAAGUUGCGUCACAACUUAUCAGAGCUGCAGGAGGCGGUGACCGUCAGUCAGGAUUUGUCCUCCCGCCAGCAGGCUUUGCUCAAGCUGCUGGUUUGCCGAGGCCUCUACCCUCAGCUGGCAUUGCCUGAUGAACACAACUCUACCCGCAAGGAGUCUGAACAGGUGUUCCACACAAGGAACAAGCAGGGAGUGGUGAUCCACCCGACCAGCGUGUUUGCCAGUGACCCAGAGGUGUUACAACUCCCUGAGAGUGACACCAGAGAAAUGGGGCCUGACAGGACGGACAGCAGCAAACACCAGCUGCUGGCCUUCGUCACUCUGCUGGAGACCAACAAGCCAUAUUUGACCAACUGUGCGCGAGUUCCUGCAUUGCAAACUCUGCUGCUGGUGGCGAACUCUAUCGACAGUAACGCUGACUGUACACGCCUGGUGGUGGAUGGCUGGCUGGAGCUGGAGCUGAGGGACCCAGAGGCGGCUCUGAAGACGCUCUCCACAGCUCUUACACAUCGGGCUGAGUGGGAGCGCCUUUUGUUGGCCCAGCUGGGAACCAGCACGAUGGGGGGACAAGCAGUCCAAGGAGUGUCCCGCAAAGUCACGGAGAAGCUGAGUGAAGGCCUGGUCCGCUACCUGCUCUACACCGAGGUCAGUUACAGCCUACGGAGACUCACAGCUUUCCAGACCCAGAACCUGUACAUUGGCCCUCAGCCUGAGUCUGAGCUGCCUCACACCAACGCUCCGGGUCUAAGCGUGCUGUUUCCUGGAGCUGAGGCCAAGCCGGACCCCAUUAAAGGAGGCCUGCGUGUCACCAGCUUCUUCAAUUACAACUGUCUGGCUGACUCCAAAGAUCUCUACAGUGAGUGUUUACGCACGUUCUGGAGCUGUCCUAACUGUGACCUCUACAUGCCGCUGACUCCUCUGGAACGCAUGCAGCACGAGGCCUCCUGCAGGCCAGCUGGAGAACAGCAGCAGACAGAAGAAGAGCCAGGAAGUGGAAAAGCGGGUUCCUCCUCCUCGAUGUCCAGUUUUACCAGAGUUUAUCACUGUGAUGUCUGUGAUGAAGACCUGAACCUCACCUCCACCGAGAUCCUCAAACAUAAAAGGCAGCACAUGUUUUCUACUAACUGAGCACAGCAUCUAAUGGACAACAUCUAAUCACAUCUCUGUUCUGUAAAAGAAAGGUGUGAGUUUAUAGAAUAAAGUUUUUUUUUAAUGAAA